AUGCAAUCAAAUCAUCGCAAGGACAAGAUUGACUUCCUCAUUGUGGGAGGAGGAUGUAUUGGCACGUCAACAGUGGUUGCAUUGAAAAGGAAAUGGCUAGAGGCACGGAUCGUCUGGUAUGCCGGAAAUCACGAACACACUGCUUCAAACGACUUUCUCAAGAUCAUCCGCGACGCGUACCCUGAUCCCAUAAUGGUCGAAUAUGCAAACCGGGCGAUGCAAAAAUGGAAGACCGCCCCUUAUUGCGACUACUUCCAUCAGACAUCGUGGAUCCAGGCAAUUGAUCGGAAUACAAAGAAGACAAUGAACAAGGGGCAGAGCGACGAGAAGGUGACAAACCAGCAGAUGAUGAGUCUUGUGGGAUCCACUGCGGAACCACUGCUCAGCACGACAGAAGAGCUGUUCCUCAAUCGAAAUGUGGGUUAUGCAGAUUCAGACCUAGCUGUGCAAGCGGUGUACGACAAUCUUGCAAAGCUGGGCGUGGAGCUGCACAAAGAAAAUGUCACGAGGCUUGUCAUCGAGGUCGGGAAAUGCGUAGGAGUUGAAGUAGGCGAUUCAAUUGUUCGAGCCGAAAAAACAAUCGUGUCAGCAGGAGCGUGGACUCCUAGCCUACUGGAGAAGUCGGACGUUGCUGUCCCUCCAGGGUUCUUUCAGGUCAGCGCGGUUGGUGUGGCCGUACUUGAACUGAGUGAGGAGGAAUUCAACGCUCUGAGAUCUAUGCCGAUUCUCGUGACCGAAAAUGGCGAAGUCAUGUUGUCGAGGGCACACAAAGUUCUCAAAAUGACAACCACGGAAACAUUUCGGAUUGGACAUCCGGAUGAAUUGAGCGAUGCAGUCGACAUCACGCCUAACCGUGAAGUGUUGGAGAAAAUGCUACCACAAUUUGGGGGUAGAGAGCUGAAAUCUUUUAGUUGUCCUGACCUCCUUACCCUAUACCAGUAUCCAAUCGUGGACGAAGUGAAAGGGAUCCAGCAACUCACCCUUGCAACAGGAGGGUCGUAUCAUUCGUACAAGCUCAUGACGAUCAUCGGAGAAAUUGUUGUCCUACGCAUUUGUGGGGAGGAAAGUAACGAUGAGUUGGAGCGAACAGUCCAAGCUCGCUGCAAGUGGGAAAGACAUGAAGGAAUCCAACCAGUACAUCCGAAUAUAGUUCCCAAGCGUGAGAUGCCACUUAAGUAA